AAGAGCAGAUGCAGACGUCCGUAUUCCGAUCGCUCCGGGCCUCGCUUCCCGCGACGCCCGGAAGUAGAAUUCCUUCGGUAAGUAAACCGUCGACUGGAGGACAUAUCCCUGCCGUCAGUACUCCGGCGAAGGGACGGCCAUUUCCUGCUGUCUCCGUCGCCGUCCGCCCAGCCGAGAUCACCGAGACCCGCCGGACUCGGUGGAUCCGGAAGCUGGAGGAGGAGGAAAAAAAGGCUGAGGAUAACGAUCCGAUACUGGCAUUCUGGGACUACCAGUUCCUUUUUGUAUCCCAGCGGUCGGAGACCGAACGCCCCCUGACUCUCCGGCUGGUUGAGGGCUCGAUCCCGCAGGAUUUCCCGUCUGGAACCUAUUACCUCGCCGGACCCGGAAUGUUCUCCGACGAUCACGGCUCCACCGUCCACCCGCUGGACGGGCACGGCUACCUCAGGGCAUUCGAAGUGGACGGGCCGGGCCGGCGGGUCCGGUUCUCGGCGAGAUACGUCUCCACGGAGGCCCAGAGGGAGGAACGCCAAGAGGCCACCGGCGAGUGGAAGUUCACCCACCGCGGUCCCUUCUCCGUCCUACGUGGCGGAAAGAAGCUGGGCAACACCAAGGUGAUGAAGAACGUAGCCAACACCAGCGUCCUCAAGUGGGGCCCACGGCUGCUCUGCCUCUGGGAAGGAGGGAAUCCGCACGAGGUGGACCCCGCCACGCUGGAGACCGUCGGGGAGUUCUGUACAGCAGUAGACCAGCCGCGAUCAGGCGGGAAACUGCUCGCUUCCGGCGCUUUCCGGCCGGAUUUUAGGAGGCUUACUACCAAGUCGGUCUUCACGGAACUCGCUGCUCUCUUUCUGAAGCCCUUUCUUCAUGGUAUUUUCAAGAUGCCUCCCAAGAGAAUGCUUUCACACUACAAGAUUGAUCCUCAAAGAAAUCGCCUCUUGAUGAUGUCAUGCAAUGCCGAAGACAUGCUUCUACCUUGGAGCCAUUUUACAAUCUACGAAUAUGAUGAAAAUUUCAACCUUUUGCAAAAGAGGGAUUUCAACAUUCCUGAUCACUUGAUGAUCCAUGACUGGGCAUUCACUGACAACCAUUACAUACUCGUUGGCAACCGCAUCAAGCUCGAUGUUGCAGGGUCCAUGAAGGCUGUAUGCGGUACAUCACCAAUGAUCUCAGCACUGUCACUCAAUCGCAGCUCUUCUAAAACUCCCAUCUAUGUGCUUCCUCGAUUUUCAGACGACUCGAUGGGAAGCAGAGACUGGACCGUCCCAAUUGAAGCUCCUUCACAGUUUUGGUUGCUCCAUGUUGCCAAUGCAUUUGAAGAAAGGGAUGGGAGUGGGAACGUGGAGAUUCAAAUGCAAGCAUCAACUUGUUCAUACCAGUGGUUCGAUUUCAACAAAAUGUUCGGCUAUGAUUGGGAACGGUCUCAACUUGAUCCAACCUUCAUGAAUCCUCGACAAGACUUAUUACCUCAUCUAACGCAGGUGACAAUGAGAUUGGAUCGCGAUGGGCACUGCAAUAGCUGUGUAAUGCACCAACUGGCACGAUGGACCAAGGCCAGCGACUUUCCAAUCAUAAAUCCAAGAAUGUCUGGCAUGAAAAACAAGUAUACCUAUGCUGCAACUUGUUCAGGCUAUCGGCGAGCGCUACCACACUUUCCGUUCGACACUGUUGUGAAAUUCAACAGGGUAACUAAAUCAGUGGCGACGUGGAGAGCUGGAAGACGAAGAUUCAUUGGAGAGCCGAUCUAUGUCCCAAAGGGGAAGAGUGAAGAUGAUGGAUACAUACUAGUGGUUGAGGUACCUAAACCUACAAACUUCAAAACUCAUAAUUUGUUCGAUAGCAUCUCCCCUUCAUCUUCGAAGGUUUCUGGUCUUCAAAUGUAUGCAGUGUCGAUACAAAUGUGUUAUCUUGUACUUUUGGAUGCCCAACUUAUAGGAAAACGUGGUGCACUGGUAGCCAGAAUAGAAGUUCCUAGAGAAUUCAACUUUCCUAUUGGAUUUCAUGGAGUUUGGGCACCAGCAUGAAUGAAGCCGAGAGAUAAAACGGAUAUGUACAUAAGAAACUUGAAGUAUUUGUAGAAGACUACCAUGUACAGAUAGGGUUGAAGUUACUGGGGAAUUAAAUUUCCAGGAGAAUAUCAUGGAGGUUGUGCACUUUAUACAAAUUUGUACAAAUGAAAAUCUACGCCAAGCACAUAUAUAGACAAUUGUAACAUGCGAAAGUAUCAAUUUGUCUUCAUUCGGAAAGACCUUCCGUGGAUUUUAAAUGAAACAUUACCACCUGUUUCCUGUAUUUAUUAUUGCAUUCACAUUGGCCAGGAAUUAAGAUCUAGCCACCUAUUUUGUGCUGAAGAGAGAGACAAUUCAGCUGUGUCAGGUACAAUUCCUCGACCAAUCUGCUAGUUUCAAGAGAUAGUAAGGACUGUUGAGAAAAACCAGCUUAAUAGCUUCUCUAAAUGUCAAAAAAGACAAGAUCCUGUGGAGAAUGCUUCUGACCACAUAAAGCAGA